CAUUAAGCGUACUUGUUUGUCUUAAUAUAUGUCGGAUAUUUAUAAAUUGUAUAUUUUAAUAGUAUGUCGGUCUACUGGUGAAAAAAAAGGGAUAAAGGAUGCAUACGUAAAAAACAUAAUGUCAAGCGGUUGUUUAUCAAACGGUUGAAUUUGUUUAAUAUUUUGAAGCAUCGUGGCGAAAUAGGCCUUAACAGACAUAACUAGAUAAACACUAAAAAUGCCGACACGUUCGGUGCGAUCUAGUAGUCGUGCAAGCACAAAGGGCAAGUCCGGUCCCAAAAAGCCGGAGACAUGUUCCCAGUGCGACAAGGCCGACAAAAAUCUCCGACUUCUGGAGUGUAGCCACGCCCUCUGCCCCGCCUGUCUAAAGUCGGCGAACCCGGAUGCGCCACCCGGAACGGCGUCAAAGGAUGGACGCGCAUCAAAAAUGUCGACUCGGGGAGGCCGGAAGUCCGCCGCGCCUACGCCGCUGCCCGUGGACGUCAAGUGUCCAGUCUGCACCAAGUCACAACCGUCCGAGUAUGGAGAGUGUGCACCAUGCAAGUUCGAGAACAAGACUAGCGGCGCUGCCGGAUACUGUGUGGAGUGCGGUGACCUGCUGUGCGAGCUGUGCUGUACAGAGCACAACAAGUUCAAGACCAUCCGGGCCCAUCACAUCCUGCGUGGGGACAAGAUACCCAGGGAUACUGGGGCGGUCGCCCGACUUCCACUGCUUAUGAUGUGCAUGACCCACACGGACAAAGACCUGGAGUACUACUGUGGAGACCAUGACGUCAUGGCGUGUGGCGCAUGCGUCAACACCGACCACCGACGCUGCGAUCGCGUGAUGUUUAUAAAGGACAUCACGGACGAGCCGACGGACCGUAAGACGGUAGCUGACGCGGCGGUUGAACUGCGAGACAUUCGCCGGAACUUCGAAGACAUCCACAAGGACACCGGGGAGAUCUUGUCAAACCUGGAACAGCAGCGGAACGAGAUCCGAGAGCGCAGGGACCACUUCCGGAACCGCAUCAACGCUCUUCUGGACAAACUGGACAGCUCCAGCGAGCUCGAAAUGGAGCAGGUUAUUCAAGGCAUGACGAAGGACAUGGGGGAAGAUUCUCAGAGCUCCAAGGAGAUACUGUCCGAGAUCGACAGCUCCAUUCAGAUCCUCGACGCGGCGGCCUCCCACGCGACAACGCAGCAAAUGUUUGUCGCCGGCCGACGAAGCAUUGCUGACCGCAAUAAGUACAUGAAUAUGCUGAACAGUACAAUGGGCAGUAUCCAGAACGUGCAGCUUGAUUUCAAGCCUGACCCGACGCUUGAGAGGCUUGCGAAGAGUCUCGAGCUUUUCGAGGGACGAACAAUAACCUCUAAUAGCACUCGGCAGAAUCAGAGACUUAAGAACUCGUUCCAACCGCAAAAUGGUUUUGCUGACCACGUGAAUGGACAGACGGUCAACAACUUGCGCCGCGAUAGACCGAGCUCAAAUUACGGCGGUAUGUCCAUGCAACAUACCCCGCAGCAAGACGGCCUUGCUUCGCGCCAGAGCUCACUCAUAUCCGGAUCCGUACCUGACUUUCGGAGCGCCAACUUUAAUGGAAUGUCCGAUAGGAUGUCCAUGACAGACUAUAAUGGCGGUAUGUUGAGCGUACCGCAGUCUCCCAGACGCCACGAGUUUGAGAACCACUUCCAAACCCGCAGCAUGCCACCGACGCCCAGGCAAGCGGAAAUCAAUCGUCUAAGCAUCGGCCGCGCAAAUACGGGAGGCCUCGAGCCAACAUACUAUGAGCGCCAGAUGUAUCAGCAAGGAGCGCUUCCAAUGAUUUCUCCUCGUGGCGCUGUAUCCGAGCCCGGCAAUUUUCCAGGCGGACAACCACGUGACUUCGCUCCAACAACGCCUCGAACCAUCGGCAGAAACGGGCUUAUCGAACAAGGCUUGGUUCAGCCACAACCAAAGGCUGACGUCAUGGCUAUCAACCAGGGAAAUCAAUCGAGGCGCGGCUCUCUCGCUAGUACAGCCUCAAUGCCUGUUCCCGCGCAGGGUCCGUCAAAGGCCGGAAAGUCAGAUAUUCUUGCACAAGCUCCCCCGGUGAAGCGCCGUAAUGAACUUCAGCCCGGAGCAACGGCGCUCCGAGACAGGAAGGCGGUGCUUGCCGGACAAUUCAACGUCCGUCUACCUGAGGAUUCCAAUGUUUGUGGGUUAAAAGGCGCAGUAUUCUUGGCGGACGGCAGAAUAGUGAUGGCCGAUUACGAUAACCACAACGUGAAGAUGUUUGAUUCGAAACUGUACCGUGGCUCGCAACUCCGCUUGUCGUCGGGACCCUGGGACGUUGAAGUCACGGGACCGAAAGAAAUCGCCGUAUCUCUUCCAUUCGAGAGCAAGAUUCAGUUCAUUUCCGUCACGGACCAAAUGAAGACAACUCGCGCCAUAAAAAUGGACAUGGACUGUUAUGGCCUCGUCUGCAGAAACCAAGAGCUUAUUGUCGUCUGCAACGACUACCUGAUCGGACCCGCAGUACAAGUGGUCAGCCUGACCGGAAGAGUGAAGCAGACGAUAGAUACGGAUCGUAGUGGCCGGAGAAUCCUUACUGACCCGUAUUACCUGACAGUGACGCCAACUGGUAAACUCAUCUACGUCUCUGACAAGGACCGGAUCGUCUGCAUGGAUCGCCAUGGUAACGUGACGUCAGUGUACCAAGACCAAGCGCUCCGCAACGCGCGCGGCGUCGACAUUGACAAUGAAGGUAAUCUGUACGUCUGCGGGUAUAUGUCUAACACCGUUCACCAGAUCACGAUGCACGGGAUCGACUUCCGGUGUUUGAUUGACAAGGAGGAGUUGUGGGAUCCCUGGUCCGUGAAGUUCAACGAGAGUAACGGGACCAUCCUGGUCACGUGUGAUAAUUGUGACACUAUUAAGGUGUUUACUCUCCAAUAGAAGCCGCGGAAUGUAAACACUAUUUCAGGUUUAUUUUCCUUAAAUCGAAUGUGUUUAAAAAAAACACAAACAAAAUGCAUGUGCUAGUGUAUAUAAAAAAACUAUACAGCGCUAAACGGUGAUAUCCAUGUGUAAUAUACAAGUCAAAUAUUCAUUAAGCUCGUUAUGGGAAACUCAUAGAACUUCCUCAAAUUUAUACAAUUAUUUAAGUCUCUUGCUAUUUCAAGUUAAAGGGAUCUUUUUACGCUUUGGUAAAUUGACAAAAUUGAAAAAAGUUGUUUCAGAUUCGUAAGUUUUUGUUUUAGUUAUGAUAUUUGUGAGGAAACAGUAAUACUGAACAUUAACCAUGCUCUAAUAUAGCCAUUAUAUGCAUCUUUUGACGAUUUUAAAACCUAAAAAUUAUAAAGCGUUGCAACGCGAAACGAUUGAAUAAUUUGGAGAGUUCUGUUUUUGUCGUUAAAUUUUGUGAAACUACGAAGAUUGCUUAUAUAAGGUAUGAAAUACAUCAAGAAUGUGUAC